GGCAGGCUUGGGAUCACCGUCUUUCCCAUCUGUUCAUCUGUCCGACCUCUCCGUCCAUCUGCGCCCCAGCAGAUUUCCCUGCUGCACGGGGCUCGUCCAGUCCUCGUCCUUGUCGCAUCUGGAAGCGAUCAGGUCCCCCUCCCCCCUGAUUCCCCUCACCCCGGUGCCCAGGUGUUCUGAAGUCAUGCGCUGCUCCCCGACAGCUGGCGCUGCCCUGAUGUUGUGCGCAGCUACCGCCGGGCUGCUGCGCGCCCAGGCCAGCUCGACACCGCUGCCGGAGCCGCCCGAGUCCCCACGCUUCGCGUCCUGGGAGGAGAUGAACGUGCUGGCUCAUGGGCUCCUGCAGCUCGGUCGCGGGCUGCACGAACACGUGGAGCACACCCGAAGGCAGUUGGGUGCCCUGGAGCGCCGCCUGGCCGCCUGCGGCCCGACCUGCCGAGGAUCCGAGACGACCGGGGUACCCCCCGUGCACCCCCAUAGUCCGGGCAUCGCCAUCGGUGGCGAGGUGGCUCCCGAAAUCCUGCGCGAUCUCCAGACACAGCUGAAAGUUCAAAAUGGCAGGAUCCAGCAACUGUUCCUCAAAGUGGCUCAGCAGCAAAGACAUCUGGAGAAACAACACCUGAGAAUCCAACAUCUGCAGAGCAAGAUUGCCCUCCUGGCCCCCAAUCACCUAGACAAUGGAGUGACCCAGCCUACCACUAAAAAGAGGCUCCCCAAGAUGGCCCAAUCUUCUCGACUAGCUCCCAACGCCACCAGCUUGCACAGGCUGCCCAAGGACUGCCAGGAGCUCUUUGAAGAUGGCCAGCGGCAGAGUGGACUUUUCCAGAUCCAGCCUCAGGGGUCCCCACCAUUCCUGGUCAACUGUGAGAUGACCUCAGAGGGGGGCUGGACCGUGAUUCAGAGACGCCAAGAUGGCUCUGUGGAUUUCAACCAGCCUUGGGAAGCCUACAAGGAUGGCUUUGGGGACCUCCAAGGCGACUUCUGGCUGGGCCUGGAGAAAAUGCACUGUAUCACUGGGGAUCAAGGUGGCCGCCUGACUGUGAAGCUUCAGGACAGGGAUGGUAAUGCCAAAUCUCUCAGGUUUCCCAUCCACCUGGGCGGCGAGGACACAGCCUACAGCCUGCAGCUCACUGCCCCUGUAGCCAGUGAGCUGGGCGUCUCUGUGGCCACCCCCAAUGGCCUCUCCCUGCCCUUCUCUACAUGGGACCAGGACCAUGACCUCCGAAGGGAUCUGAACUGUGCCAAGAGCCUCUCUGGUGGAUGGUGGUUCGGCACCUGUGGUCACUCCAACCUCAAUGGCCAAUACUUCCAUUCCAUGCCCCAUCAACGGCAGCAGCGUAAGAAGGGAAUGUUCUGGAAGGGCUGGCGGGGCCGCUACUACCCACUGCAGGCAACGACCAUGCUGAUCCAAGUCACAGAGGAUGCAGAAGCUUCUUAGCCUCCCACUGGGGCCUGGUCCCAGGCUGAGAAGGACAAUGACCAUGACUUUGGCUCAAGGAUUCUGAGCACUCUGUGUCUGGUCAAAGGGGAUCUAGCAAGGGCCACAUGGAGCUUUGUGGACAGAAAAGAAGCCCUUGACUGGGAAGAACCCCUAUAUCUGAGUGGGGUGCUAUGCAUAUUCUGUGAGAUCAGGACUGCAGGGCGAGGUAUGGUCCCUGGGGAAAGCAUAGGAUGCCAGGGUAAAUGGUGUGAACCCCACUUCUUGCCUGCCUGAGGAAUUGAGGACACAGAGGGACCACUCUGGGACGGCCAGGCCGGUCCUUGAUGGCAGACUCAGUCAUAUUGACUGGUUGGGGAAAUGGGGAUCCCUGGGAGGGAGGGGGUCUCCAAUAUCCUCGUGGUGCUCUUGUAUGGGGGAUGCUGUGGUGCCAACAUGGGAUUCUUAGAAUAAAAAGCAACCUCGGAACAUUU